AUGGUUCACAACCCUUCCAUCUACUCCAUCAACAGCUUCGACGCCCUCUCCCAUAUGUUUUCCACCCAUUUCGUCGGCAGCCGACCACAUCAAACCACCACGAUCUCCCUCCUAGGCAUCAGGCAGGAACAAGGUGAACCGCUCAGAGCAUUCAUCGAUCGCUUCAGCAAAGCAGCUCUUCGUACCCCGCACCUCAACCAGGAAAUGAUCCACCAAUGUAUGGCGCUCACCUUACAACCCGGCCCCUUCGCCAACAAUGUCUACCUCCACCCACUCGCCUCUAUGCACGAACUUAAGUUGUGUGCGGCCGACUACGUUCGCAUGGAGGAAAUGCAGACCCUCCACACCAAAUUCUGCAAUGACUUUGCCACUACAUCCGCCAACCCCACCCCACAACCCCCUCGCCCGGACACCCGCACACGCGAGCCUUGCCAACCCCGUUUUACUAGAUAUGCUCCCCUCACUGUAGCCCGAUCCCGCCUCCUUGAUGAGGCCCUACAAGCUGACCUCAUUCCACCACUACGUAAGACAACUACUCCCCCUAACGCAGAUAUGACCAAGUAUUGCCGCUACCACCCCAACCAUGGCCACACUACAGAAGACUGCAAAGCACUCUAG